GUUCGAUAUAAAACCAGACAACCAAAUAAGACAUCCCCAUCCCCUCUAUAAGAACUCCCUUCUCACACUUUGCUCCUUGGACCAUAACUAUUCUCUUUUUAGUUAGCAUUUCCCACAGCCUUAAAAAUUGUACUAAUCAUGGAACUUCACUUCCAUACCACUUCUGCCGACAACAAUCAUCACACCACAUGCAAGUCAAGAACCAGAGGUCCCAACAGGAACAAGUUUGUUGGGGUGAGGCAACGCCCCUCCGGCAAAUGGGUUGCAGAAAUCAAGAACACAACUCAGAAGAUCAGAAUGUGGCUGGGAACGUUCGACACGGCUGAGGAGGCUGCUCAGGCCUACGAUGAAGCCGCCUGCCUCCUACGUGGCUCAAACACACGAACCAACUUCUUGAAUAAUGUCCCCUGCAAUCCAGCCCUCUCGCUUAAAAUCCGAAACCUUCUCAACCAAAAGAGAGGGCUGAAAAAGGCCACCCUUCCUAGUCAAAAUGUUCCCUCAACCACCACAAAAUGUGCCAAUCAAGAAACUAGUCAAAAGGCUAUUUCUCCUAGUAGUAGUUUCGAAAGUAGUUCUUCUAGUGGCAGUUUUUGCAGCAACAAAAUAGAUGGCUCUCCUGUUUCUGGCCUAAAUCCAGCUAAUUUUGGUGAUGGGUAUAAGCCGGAUUUGAGCUGUUUCAUGGGAGGAUACGAGAUGUCUUCCUCUUAUGUCAACCAUUGUGAUGAGGGCUUUAACUAUGCAAUGGAUUUUGACAAGAUUUCUCUUCAACAGGAUGGUAUCUUUGUCCCAAAAAGAGCUGAUGAGGUCAUGAACGACGCUCAGUUUCCUGAUUUUGAACGAAUGAAGGUUGAACGACAGAUAUCAGCAUCACUCUAUGCGAUGAAUGGGAUAAAUGAAUAUUGGGAUAACAUCAAUGAUCCCAAUGAUGUUUUCUGGGAUAUUCCCACUCUCUGUCAGAUGUUCUGUCCAAGUUAAACCUCGAGUAUACUAGGAAAAAAGUGAUUCAGUUUUUUGAUCUAGCAGAAAUCUAAGAUUUCACCAGAAAGUUUUAGAGGGAUCAUCCAAUGUACCUCAGUAGUUUAGUUAUUACUUGGAUUUUCACCUACUUCUGAAAGAUGAAGAACUUGCCUUUUCUUUAAAAUAGAAGCAAUUCAUGUGAUCUUGGUUUACUAGCUGGUGACACAGAUAUCGAUAUAUAUGUUUCUUGUUCGCAAUUCUCAAUGAUAUGAAUCUAGGACAAAUGUCUCAGCUGGAGAAACAUU